CUGUGCCAAUGGGCCAAUACAUUCUUGAAGAAUGGGGUCACCAUCCACACCAAUUUGGGCGAGGAAAUUUUUAGCAGCCCAAGAAAGGUAGCUAUCUUUAGAAGAGAUGUGUAUGCCAUGACGCACAUGAAGGAGAUAUCUAACAACAUCAUUGUGAUGUAUAUGAGGUUUGUAAAUAAAAUGAAUAUGUUAAUUUUAUGAGGUUAUAUACUUUCAUAUUCAAUAUUCUUGUAAAGGAUUUGAAUAUUUUUGGGAUAUCUUUUUGUAGCUGCCUUUACCAAAAGUUGCAGAAAUUUAAGAUGCUACACAUGAUUUCCUUCAUAGACCCUGCUCAGACAGGCGCGCUUGGGUGUGGGAAUCCAACAGAAAGGGCUCGUUCUCUAUCAGCUUGUUAUGCAAAAGGGAAGUCGGGUCAGAUUUUUUUGGUGCCCUAUAACUCAGGUUGUCAUUGGAUGUUAACGGUUGUGAAGCCCGCUGAAGAAGUUGUGCAUUUCAUGGAUCCAUUGAAGAGACGACUCAUCACCGGUGAAUGGAAAACUAUUAUGGACAACUCAAUCAAAAUAUACAAUGCGCAAAAAAAUAAGAAAGGCAGAAAAAUAGUUACAUGGAAAAAUUGUGCGGGCAUUUCGGAGCAGCAAGGUGAUAAAACCUGUGGGUUUUGGAUUAUGCAUUACAUGAAGGACAUAGUGGAGGACAAGAACCAAGAGUGGAGUGCUAAGUGGGACAGAAAAGGAAGCAACAUGUACACACAAGAUGAUAUUGAUGAAAUUCGGGCCGAGUGGGCACAAUAUGUUGCCCAAUUUCAAGAAAGCUAGUGCUAUAUAUAUAUAUAUCUGCUUUUGGACAUGCAUCUAUAACCCAGAUUAGAAAGCUAUAGGUACUAGUUUUUUGCCUUACAUGCUCGAUAUUCUGAUACUUGUUGGGUUGCCUUUAUCGAUCAUGUCUUUUGUUUCAUGGAUGGGUUGUAUUGAACUGAUGCA